CCAUCGAUCCAUUGGCGGGGCAGGGAGCUAGUAGCAGCUUGCCAAAGUCUAGUUGAGAAGCGAGGUAGCUAGACGUUGGUGGUCACUGCCUUGAACAAGCUAAGUGUGUGUGAUAGGGAGCGGCGAGAGCUGAGCAGAGGAGGGAUCAUGUCGUGGAGCGUCAGCGAGAACGCGCGGUUCGAGCGCGCGCUGGCCACCUACGACGAGGACACCCCCGGGCGGUGGGAGCGCGUGGCGGCCGCGGUGGGCGGCGGCAAGACGGCCGACGACGCGAGGCGCCACUACGCCCAGCUCAUCGUCGACGUCGGCGACAUCGAGUCCGGCGGCUACGACGGCUACCCCAACGGCCGCUCCGGCGACUCCCGCAACGGCAACAGGAACAACAACAACAACAAUAACAACAACAACAACAACAACAACAGGGGCAGAGCCAACCGGCCGCAGACCUGAUGGAUCAUAAGCUGCAGCUCCAUCGUUCGCCAUGUCAUCAGAUAUACAAAUACAUAUAUUUGUAUAUGCCGUGUGUAUACGUGUGAUGCAUGCAGGUGUGCACAAGUGUGUCUGUCACUCUGUCGGGAACUGAAGAAAGCCUGUUCUGUAGCGGCGUAGCAGGGAGUCGAAUGGCCUGCUAGUGCUAGCUAUAGGCAGCUGAUGCUCGACCGGCGGCAAUGCUCUUCGACUUCGACCACAUCUUAUAUUGCAGUGCAUGUAAAGCUUAUUGUGUGACUGCUAAUCAAUCAAGAAUCAACUACUAAUUUA